AUGGUGUACUCCCGGAAUGAGACCGAUCAUUGUCAGCAUGUCAAGCUUGUGUUGGAGAAGUUGGGGGACUACCACCUGUACCUCAAGGUGGAGAAAUGUUCAUUUCACCAGAAAUCCCUCCAGUUCCUAGGAUAUAACAUCAGUCCAGUAAGCAUCCGGAUGGAUGAAGGGAAGGAAGAAGCUGUGCGAGCUUGGCCCACUCCAACCACCAUUAAAGAACUCCAACGCUUCUUGGGUUUCACCAACUUCUACCGUCAGUUUAUCAGGAACUACAGCUCCCUCACUGCACCGUUAACCUCACUUCUCAAGUCCAAGCCUAAGUCUCUAUCCUGGGCCCCUGAGUCUUCCUACGCCUUUCAACAUCCAAAGGAUGCCUUCACUGUAGCUCCACUUCUCGUCCACUCUGAUCCAAGCAGACCUUUUGUGGUCGAGGUAGAUGCCUCUAUUAACGGCAUAGGAGCAAUCCUUUCGCAGCAGCAGGGGAAACCAUCCAGACUCCAUCCAUGUGCCUACUUUUCCAAAAAGCUCUCCCCGGCAUAG